AUUUUCAGUUUUGCAGCACUGGUGUCAUGUUGUGAUAGCUUCCUGUUAGGUGAUAGUUGUCUAGCACCUGCGCCUUGCACGUGUUCGGGGUCAGGAUCUUCAUACGCCUAUAUCCAUUGUGAGAGCAAGAGUCUCAAUGCAACACCACACUUUCAGAAAGCUGAUAGACAUGUGUCAACGUUGACUGUUUAUCUGUAUAGCAACCAACUGACAACUAUACCUAACUAUGCUUUCCAAAACCUAAGUGCAGUGAAUGCGACAAAAAUAGAUUUUUCUCUAAAUAAUAAUAAGAUAUCUUCCAUUGAUAGAUACGCGUUUCGUGGGGUUGAAAAUAUAACAACAAUAUUGAGGCUGCAAAAUAAUAACCUAACGAGUAUUCCUGCGGCAUUAUAUAACCAUCCAGCUCUUAAAGAAUUGUAUAUUCAAGAUAACCCUAUCAAGGCCUUAGGUUUCUCUACCCAAUCACAAAUCGAAAAUACACUUGAAGUACUUAACAUAGAUUUAAACGAGUUCGCUUCCUGGCCAGAUGAACUAAGUUCGUUCAAAGAAUUAAAAUCACUUACACUUAAUAACUUAAAUUUUCAACAUAUAAAUUCGGAAGCGUUUCAACGUUUCGAAAACUCUCUUACAAGUCUUGAUAUGCAACAUGCUUCAUACUUUGACAAAGUACCGAAUGUCGUAUGUCAUCUCUUGAAUUUGCAGACUUUAACUAUAAAAUAUUUCUCUAAAUUAGAUAAAAAUACCACUUCGUUAUUUGAUCACUGCACGAGAAGAUUAAGUAAGUUAACUUCUUUGAAUCUGGAUAAUAAUAAGCUGACGCAUUUCCCUGAUGUGUUUCAUAUUUUUCCGACUGUGACUUCGUUAUAUCUUUACGUAAACAAUCUUGAAAUUAUUGAAUCAGAAAUUAUUCCGUCAAAUACAAUUUUGACACAUAUUGACUUAGAUUCAAAUAGGUUCAAGAGAAUUCCUAACGCCUUGAACAAAAUGAAACGGCUAGGUAAUCUUGAUUUACGACGUAAUGAUAUUGUGUCUGUUGAAGAUCACGAUCUAAGUGGUCUUUUAAGCCUACAAACGCUGAUUUUGCUAAAUAAUCCCAUUAUAUACGUAUCGACAAAUGCUUUUAGAAACAACAAGGCGCUGUCAUCCCUCUAUUUGUCCGGUACAAACCUUAAAACUAUCCCAGCUGCUGUAAUGUCUCUUCCACAGUUGAGUUAUUUUGAUAUACCUCCUAUUCCAUGCUCAUGUGAAAUGUCCUACUUAAAGAACUGGAACGUUACAGCUGUACGUUCCUUCAAUGUGCAAUGUUCAUCGUCUGGCACUGACAUACAAAGUUUCAUUUUGACCUCUUUACAGCACUGUUCAUGAUAAGCAAUUGUAUUGGUUAUGUUAUAUGUUUACAAAAUAAGAGAGACGAUAAGACACAAAAAUAUUUUACUUUUCUUUUGAUAUGCAGUAAAGUUAAAAAUAGUCUGACAGGUAAAAAAUGAUUUUUUGAUUUUUGACAUAAAAACAUAAUAAUACACAAAUUUCUUUAAUGCAUGUACUGUCUUAUUUUGUGUGUUGUAUGAAUGUGACUAUGAAUGUAUGUAUGACAAACUGUAGACCUGUGUGCAAAAUAGAUUUUAAUUUAAGUUCAAAGACGUAUUAUUUGUGUUUUGGUGGAGGCCAAUUAAGUUUCAAAAAUAAGU